AUGAUUAAGCCUCAUAACAAAACAGAGGGCCUACUGGAACCCACAGACGUCAUCAGUAACCAAAUCCGUUAUGUCGUAGCUGGAGUAUAUGCGCUUUUGACCGUCACAGCCAUCAGCCUUAAUACACCUGUCCUCAUCACGUUCAUAAGAGACAAAUCUCUUCGCACGAAUUCUAACCGACUGAUUUUCAGUAUAGCAGUCGGCGAUUGGCUUCACGCAGUAUUGGCGUUUCCUUUUGGUAUUGUCUCCAAUGCGUCAGGUAACUGGCGAGUGAUGGCCAGUGGAAUAUGCAAGUGGUACGCUUUUAUCACAACUUUCUUGUCAUUUGGCAUCAUGCUCCAUCACGCUACCUUUGCUAUCGAACGAGCUAUGGUCAUAAAUUACGCGGUGGAGCCGUCCUCUGUAACAAAGAAUCUCGAUUAUGCCAUUUUCGGACUUUGGUGUUUUGCAUUUCUUUGGAGUAUCUUUCCGCUGUUUGGCUGGUCAUCGUACGCUCCUGAGGGUGGGGGAACGCUUUGCGCCAUUCACUGGCAAUCGUCCGAACUACCUGCUAUCGUUUACAUCCUGUGCAUUUACGUCUUCUUCUUUUUAGGACCCAUUAUUGCCAUGGUUACAUCUUUCUUCUUGAUUUACCAAAUUGUAAAGAAAAUGAGUAAGAAUGCGCAUGACAUGUGGGGAGAGGCAGCUGCCCCUACUCUAGAAGCCGUAGUAGCUGAAGGAAAAACUGCUCGUAUGGCGUUUAUUAUGUCAUUUUGUUUCAUCUUUGCCUGGACACCAUACGCCGUUGUUUCCCUGUACGCCAUGAUAGCAAAACCAGAGAUUAUACCGCCAUUGGUGGCUAUUUUACCCGCUCUAUUUGCAAAAUCGGCUUCAUGUUAUAAUCCAAUUAUUUAUUUCUUCUUGUUCAAAAAAUUCAGAGAUAGUCUCAGACAAACAGUCCGGGAAUUGUGCGCGCGCUUCAUGGGACAAGAAACUACAGGUGCUGCAAAUGCCAACGUUGAGCUGAUUGUAACUUCCUUAUCUACUGACGAUACGAACGAAAACAAGAAGACUAAAAGCAGGUUACGAGAAAGCAGCUGCUAA